AUGGCAAUGACGUCGCCUCUAUCGAUCCACGAUCCUCUGUUCUUCGACGAUGAUGACCAAUCCAUUGGCGAGGUUCGCAAUUCCCAAUUUACCGAGGACGAGAUCCUUGGCCGCAUGGAAUGCCUGGGCAUGAUCCACGCCUUCGUCACGCCCUUUGUGCUCAACGCCGCCAUCAAGCUCCGGGUCUUCGACAUCGUCGCGCACGCCGCAAUUCCUCCCACCGCGGAGGAGAUCAUGGCCAAAAUCUCCUCCUCGUCCUCAUUCGCCGCCACCGCCCCCGCCGCCACUCCCCAGCUCGGGGUGCUCCGCCGGAUCCUCCGGUUCCUGUCGCAGAGAAAGGUCCUCCGCCACGUCAGCCGAGACGACGGCCACGUCGGCUACGCGCUCACGGGAAUCUCCACGUGGCUGGUCCGGAGCCGCGCCAGGUCGGACUACCUCGCCCCGCUGCUCGCCAUGGAAAUGCAUGCCAGGUGUCAGGCGUCGUGGCAGAGGCUCCACGAGGUCGUGCUCGACGGCGGCGAUGCGUUUGAUCGUGCGAACGGGAACUACUUCUGGGACACCGGCCGCCAUGACGCGCAGUUUAACCGCGUGGUAAACGACGCGAUGAUCGCGUUUAGCACCGCCACCAUGUCGCUCGUGCUCGAGAGCUACCGUGGAUUCGCGGGCAUCCGACGGCUGGUGGACGUUGGCGGCGGCAUGGGCCACUCAGUGGCCAAGAUCGUGGAGGCAUACCCCCAGAUCCAGGGAGUUAACUACGACCUCUCGCAUGUCAUAACGACGGCGCCGAAAAUCCAAGGCGUGGAGCACGUCAGCGGGGACAUGUUUGAGAGCGUGCCCGCGGCGGAUGCCAUUUUCAUCAAGUCGGUUUUACAUAAUUGGGACGACGAGCACUGCGUCAAGCUCCUCAACAAUUGCUACCGAGCGCUCCCGCAAGAUGGGAAGCUCAUAAUCGUGGAUAUCAUCUACAAGUCGAGCGAUACUUUCGCAGCGCUGGAGGCCAACUUGGACAUGAUCAUGCUGGCCUACACCACGGGCGGGCAGGAGAGAACUCCCAACGAGUGGGAAGAGCUUCUCAUCUCUUGCGGCUUUGGCGGGAUCACGUUCCACACAAACAUGCCGACCAAGGAGGGAGUGAUCGAGGCUUACAAGAUGGUAGAGUUGCGGGACGACGAGCAAGAGAGGAUCUCAAGGCUGUGAACGAGAGAGAUGCUUAAGAUCUCC